AUGGCGUCGGCCGGAGCGGUCGCCUCGGGCGUCCGUCAGCAUCUAUGGCGGUCCCCUUCUCACCCCCUCCUUUGCUCUUCUCAUCUCGGCCACCGUAGCAGGGAAGGUCUCCGUCCUCUGACCCUAUUCUCUACCUUAUCCUUUCCCCCUUCCACUUCCCAUCGUCCUCCAUUUACGCUGGCUCAGUCGCGAUUUUCUCUCUCGUCAUUGGGGUCCCGAGGGCUCUUCUCAGCCCCGGUGGCAGCAGCGUCUUCGCCAGGCACCCGGGACACUGUCUCUCGUUCUCUGGAUGAGGAGAACGACGAAGAAGGGGAGUCCCAGGGGGAAGAGGAUGAGUAUGAUGUUGCCUCCUACGAUGAUGAAGAAGAUGGAGAGGAGGAGGAAGGGGAAGAUGAAAUGGACGAUAAAACAGGAGAAGGCUUAGAUAUCCGGGUGAAAAUGGAGGACCGGUCUGAUGGUGAGACGCCUUCACUGCAAGGGCAGGAAUUUCCGAGAUACCCGUCUCCGGUGCUGAGCGUGAAGGAGAAGAAGGAGUUAGCCUCAUACGCCCACAGCCUCGGGAAGAAGCUGAAAUCCCAACAGGUCGGCAAGUCUGGGGUCACUCCCUCUGUUGUUGCCGCCUUCCUUGAGACUCUCGAGGCUAAUGAGCUCCUCAAGGUACCGCAUCUGCCACUUUUUCUCAUUCUUCUGCGUUGAAUUCUUAGAAUUUCAUCGUUUUUUCUUGUUCUAAUUCUAGAUUUGUAGACACCUGACAGUUGACUUUGAAAAAAAUGAUAUCAUCAAAAAUGAACAGGCAGCAGCUCAAAAAUCUUAUUGAAUGGAUGAUCCACACUUCCUAUUUAGUCAUCAAAUUAGCCGUAUUGCUUUUUUUUCAUGCUAGACUUUGAGCUCAUUUUUUUAAUUAUAAGAAGGUUUCUAUCUCUUUUUAUGGAUGACAACAGAAAUCGUCUAUUCCCUGUGACCCUGCAAGCGUCUAAGAUUAGUCAGAGUCAGUCUCACUUUCAAGUUAGUGAUAGAAGAUCUUGUCACUCUAACUAGCAAUUUCAGCUCAGAACUUCUCAUGGCAGUGUCAAUCAAGCAAAUGGCUCAAUUUGACCCAAUCCGUCCCUUGUGAUUUUGAAUCUUCAUCAGUGGGUCAACUAGAAAAUCAUAUUCCUCCAAGAAUCGGAGGGAGUAGACACUUGUUGUGGGUUUAGCUGCUUCGAGGGGAUGAAUUUUGUACUCUACUAGUUUAGUUACACUUUUUUUCAGUCGAUAUAGUUCAUGAUUGGAGCUGCACGUGAAUUUAAUUUUUUUUUUAUACUCUUAAUAAUAAAGAGUAUGUUCAAUUUAUGGGUCUAUGAUUGGGUAUUUUAAUCACUUUAUGGAUCUUUGUCUUAAAAUAAUGAAAAUAAUCCUAUUAUAUUCUUGCAACAAGGGUAUAAACCAAAAGUUUCCCAAAUGACUGUAAUAAGUCGGCCUAGUCUUCGACUCAUGGAAAAUUCUGAAUGGCCUCAUCACCCCACGAGACCAGGAAGCUUGUACAUCAUUUUUCUCUCAGAAUUGCUGCAUGCCAUUCUGCGUCGAGUUGCAUGAGUUGAUGUUCUGAAAAUGUGCUUCACAAGGAGUCAUGGAUCAGAAGACCGAGCGUGUGUUUGAUCAUUGUUUUUGAUGUCUCUGUGGUUAAUUUUGGGAGACCCUGUUAAAUUGUUGGCUGAUUGAAAAUAGCCCGAACAGGCUCUUGACUGCCAUGUUCAAAGAUUUAAACAUGUUCUAUAAAAUGAUAUCGACAAAAUAUAGAGUGGAAUCUUAAGUGAUUUCUGCGUGAAGGGUCAUCCUUCUUGUGGUAAUGGCAUUAAAUUCUGUAAAAAAAAAAAGAAAUGUUCUCAUUUUAGUUGAUUGUGAUUAUAACUCUCCGACACUUUCUAGUCUGGCCCAUCUCCUACAAGUGAGUGUGUUCUGAAUCAGUCUUCCUCUGGUCUCAAUGAACAACAGCUUAAAGUGCAUGGAAACUGCCCUGGGGAGCUGCCAGACGUCAUCAGGCUAUUGGAGGCAUCAACUGGGUCGGUGGCUGUGGGGCGGAUCGGCCGAUCCGUCAUUCUCUACCGACCAAGCAUCAGCAAGAUGCAGCAAGCCCGAGAGCAGCAGGCCGUCAGGAAGCCUCAGAGGUCCAGAUCCUUUGGGGGCUCUUCACGGCCCAAUGGGCCGAAGGACCAAAUGGGAAGUCCCUUUCUCUGUCGGAGCGGCCGCAGGCCAGCCAAAGCUUAG